GAACAGAAGUUUUUUUAUGGAUCAGAAUUUGCACUCAUUUUCCUGAGUGGAAAGUGGUGAAAAUGAAGCUUUUCAUUCAUUUCUUCUCGGUGAUCAUUUUGCUUAAACAUGGUGUGUCUGGUGUUGGUACAGAUGAAGUGUCAGUGUCUGUGAUGGAAGGAGAUUCAGUCACUCUACACACCGGUGUUCAAACAAACCAACAAGAAGAGAUUAAAUGGUAUUUCAACAGCAUUCGCAUCGCUCAGAUCAGUGGAGAUCUCAGUACGAUCUGUACAGAUGUUCAGUGUAAUGAAGGAACUGAGAGAUUCAGAGACAGACUGAAGCUGGAUAAUCAGACUGGAUCUCUGACCAUCAUGAACAUCACAAACACAGACUCUGGACUUUAUAAACUACAGGUCAUCAUCGAGACCAGCAACAGUGAAAAUGUGUUCAAUGUUACUGUCAGUGGUGUUUCUGCUGCUGAACGAGAUGAAGUGAAGAGAAAGUCAGUGAAGGAGGGAGAAUCUGUCACUUUAGAUCCUGGUGUAAUAAACAACCCAAAUGAUGAGAUGACGUGGUAUUUUAAUGAGACUCUCAUCUCUGAAAUCACUGGAGAUCAGAGUAAGAUCUGUACAGAUGUUCAGUGUAAAGAGAGAUUCAGAGACAGACUGAAGCUGGAUCAUCAGACUGGAUCUCUGACCAUCACAAACACCAGAACAGCAGAUGAAGGACUUUAUGAACUACAGAUUAUCAUCAUCAAUAGCAGCUUCAGCAUCACUAGAGUGAAGAGAUUCAUUGUCACUGUCACUGGUGAGUAA